GUUUCCUUAGUUAGCCUCGGCGACGUAAGAGAGCGCCACCGGCGGCAGUCUGUUCCAAUAUGGCGGUGUUGGAUCAAUGAAAUUUGAGUUAACGUAGUAAAACGGAAUAAACGAUACACAAGUGCGCGUAUACAGUGGGUGAUUCAGUGUAAAUGGGCCAUGGGCAAGGACCAGGAGCUGUUGGAAGCAGCUCGAGGAGGCAAUGUCACCGUCGUCGAGAAGAUAUUGGGACAGCGAGCAAAGAGGAGUGGUCCGCUAGCAAGCCUUCGACGGGGACCCGGUGCAAACGUUCAGGAUGCCAGCGGUUAUUCCGCGCUCCACCACGCCGCUCUCAACGGCCACAGGGACGUGGUUAAAAUUCUACUACAAUACGAGGCGUCCACCAACGUCGUCGACGCUAAGGGCUCGUCACCGUUGCAUCUCGCCGCCUGGGCCGGGGAUGCGGAAAUCGUCAGGCUCAUACUUUGCCAGGGACCGUCGGUGCCCAACGUUAAUCUAGCGACCAAGGACAAUGAGACUGCUCUUCACUGCGCGGCCCAAUAUGGCCACACGGAAGUUGUGACACAGUUAUUGCAGCAUGGCUGUGAUCCCAGCAUUCGCAACAGUCGUGGCGAAUCUGCUCUUGAUCUGGCCGCACAAUAUGGCAGGCUGGAGACCGUCGAACUUCUGGUUCGGACGCAUCCGGAGCUCAUCGAGCCGCUGCGGAGUUCCUCGUCGUCUCUGAUAUUCCCUCACACGCCGCUUCACCUCGCAUCGCGUAACGGUCACAGGGCUGUCGUCGAGGUCCUUCUGGCUUCGGGAGUGGACGUGAACACCAGGACUUCCGCCGGAACCGCGAUGCACGAGGCGGCUCUUUGCGGUAAGAUGGAGGUUGUCAGGACCUUGUUGGACCGGGGCGUUGAUCUCGGGAUCAGGGACUCGCGGCAGAACACGGUCCUCGAUUUACUGGGCCAGUUUCCGCCACAUGUCACGCAGGACAUCACCACUGUGAUAAAGAGGCACAGAUCUUCGUCCGGUGUCGAGAGUGACGCGGACAGCGAGAAUUUGCCACCGAUUCCUGUUCAGGGCAGCGGAUCCCUCGGCAGUCCUUACGAGAACGUUCGUCCAGGGAACGAUUUUUCACCGGCGGAAGGAACCUCGCCCACCCAAUGGCAGUUCUAUUUCAAACCUCGGGAUGACGAUAGACGCAUUUCCGGAAUGUCCGUCAUGUCUUUCGAGGGAACGUUGCUGAACGACGAACCUGACAGUGAUACAACGACCUCGAGGAACCUGCAUCAUCCCGCAUGGACGGAAGAUUCCGAUCUCAGCUCGGUUUUCGAUAGCGUCAUUAUGUCCAUGUCCGACACUCUGAACUCUAUAAACACACUCGAGAGCUCGGAACCGACACCCGAAGACAAACCAUAUAACACCAAUAUCACCAACACUAUUCUUACUCCAGACAUUCCACGGGGAUCCGACAACGGACUUUAUCAGACACUCCCUGCUUCUCGGGGCUUGAUGGACUCUAGUUUCAUGUCCGAGGAUCUGUCCCUGACUCUGCCGGGGUACGGGUGUGGCCGAGAGUCCGACCAGCUCAGUGUUUCCUCAUCCUCGAGCGUCGGAGGACCCAGUCCUCGCGACAGACGGUGCUUGCCAGCCGAUUCCAAUGCCGCAGGGAUUUACCUGCCCAUGGCCCCUCUUUCCAGCUCCCUACACAGCCCAGCAUCCAACAGCAAAGUUUCGUCCGUGGUUCUAAUGUUACAGCCAACACCGCCGAAGAAGCCGCCGCGUAGGAACUUGUCGGUGUCGCCAACGCACUUGCAGACCCAGAUGUCUCUGUCCGCGGAUUGCACCCUGGGACCGAGUAACUACGAGUAUUUGUUCCUGGCUCGAAGUGGAGCGCGAAGUCACGUCGAUCUUGAACAGCUACAGUCUCGUCGUGAGCAGCUUCGGCACGUGGCUCGGAGCGUUGAUCAGUACGUCGACAUGAAGUCGCGAUUCAGUUGCGCGGCAGGUGAUAAUCGUGACCCUGAUUUCGAGCCCGUUGCCAUAACCGCGAUCUACGAUAACAAGCAGAUAAAGACCCAGAAUCCGAGGCGGAAACUGCGCCGAAACUGCGAUCGGGCUUACGAAAACUUUGACCUUGAAAACGCGGACAAGUCACCGUGCAGCGAAGGCAGCAUCGCUGUUGACAACGGACAGACAUUCGUCUCGAAUGCGUUCAUCACUUUGAAAUCAUCCCAGGAAAGUCUGCUCGACGAUAAACGAGACGGAUACUCGUCUCAAGGCGAUCCUGAGACCCGCGGUGCCACCGACAAACGACUUCGACGCGUUCAAAUGCUGCUGCCGACCAGCCCAACGCACUACGCUCAACCACCGACACCCGAUCAUCCUCCACCGUCUGCGCUGCAAGCCGAGAAGUCGAUUCACGAACGGAUACGACCGCUGAGUCAGGUCUACAAACGUCGUUCCCGCGACAUGGAGACCGAAACGGACGAGGAUAUGCUCCAGUUUCCCCCGGGCGGUUCCCUGGACGCUUCGAGCGGCUCUUUAUCCAGCGUAUCACUUUCGGACAAGAGCGUUUCAACGGACAACGUCGAGGAGUUCUUCGGCGACGUGCCCUUUGCAGGAUUGCUGAAGGGUUCCGUCACGGCGGAAAGACCUCGGACCCUGUGCCGAUUGCGGAACGUUUAUGCGCCGGCGGCGGCCGCGAUGGGCACGGGGGCCGACGGCGGCACCGGGGAACGACUCGAGGACGGCGAAAUCGUGAGCUUCAGGGUGUCAGACCGCGACAGGGAGCGGGACGACAAGUCCCUCAGCAUAAUGAGUCCCUUCGACGAGCAGGAGGAGUGGGCCAAGAUCAACGAGAUAAUGGCCUCAUUCGGCACCGGCCUGGUCAGGGAAUCGGUGUUCGUCACCGAACUCGAGAAGGAGUUCCAGACGAGACUAGGUUACAGCUUUAAACUCGGUUGUCCAGGUCUCAGCUCAGACAGUAGCAGCAGUCCCAUAGUAUCAACGUCUGUUGGUCAGUGGCUGUCCAGCCUCGGUCUCGCCGACUACGAGUCGCUCUUCCUCGCCCACGGAUUCGACGACCUCGAAUUUAUCAACUCGGUACUCGACGAGGCCGACCUCAAAGAGAUGGGCGUCACCAGCGACCAGGAGCGUACUGUCAUCAUGGAGGCCGCUGGGCUCCUCAGCAAGAGGGUCGAGAAACGCACCGGCACCUCCGAGCAGUCGGUCAAUGAGUGGCUCAAGAGCAUUCACCUGGAGUGCUACGCCGAGACCUUUAGAAAACACCUGUACUUGGACAUGGAUCGCGUCAGGAGGGUAUGGGAGGUAGAGCUCGCAACCGUUCUCGAAAUUCAGAAACCUGCUCAUCGGAAGAGGAUACUCACUUCGGUUAGCGGCAUCAAUCCUCGUGGUCCACCUCACAAUGGCGGCGGACCGAACCUCGAGGAUCUCAAUAAGGACCUCAACACUUUGAAAACGAACAUCCAACAGCUGAAGGAGGACAUCCGUGAAAAACUCCCAGAGCCGAGUUCUCAGGUAACCGUUCCAACCGUCACAACGACGACGACGACGACACCGGCAGCGGUGACGGCGACGACGACGGGAACGACAUCGACGAACACCGGAACCCUGAGGCACCGGAAAAAUCGGCCAGCUCCGCAGCCGCCCCAACGACCAAAUUCCCACAACGGAACUCUUUCCGUUCCCGAGCAACUCGAGAUUCGCGCACCUUCCGAGCUCCUCUUCGGGGUCCCGUCUACCCUUCAAACGCAGUGGAGGCACGAGCCGAAGGCCCUGGUAACCGGUGCCGUUACUUACGUCGCCAGCUAUCUCGGGUCGACCGUCGUCAAGGAACUCCGAGGCACCGAGUCCACCAAAAAGUCGAUUCAGACCCUCAAGAAGACUCACAGGGAGCCACGCGUCACUCCGGAUAUUACUCUAGCAAUAUCCUACCGAGGUGUGCGCUUCCUGAACACGAGGACAAACGAACCAAUAUGCGACCACGAGAUACGAAACAUACACUGCGCGUGCCAGGACGCCGACGAUCUGACUCAUUUCGCUUACAUAACGAAAGACCAUGCGAGCCGAAAGCACUUCUGCCACGUAUUCUGCGUACCUACAAUGGAUCAGGCCACCGAGGUGAUCCUGACCCUGGGCCAAGCGUUUGAAGUCGCCUACCAAAUGGUACUGAGAGAUCCGUUGAGCGCUCAGACGGUUCGCUCGCAGUCGGCUAACCAGCUGGCGAAUCCUUCCAUCAUCUCGUCCUCGGUGACCUGCUGCAGGACCGCGACGCCGACGAAGACGACCGCGUCGAUUACUCUGCCGUCGCAGACAACGACGGUGACGACGACGUCGACGGUAACCGGCAAUCCGAGCGUCGUUAAACCCCUCGCAACUCACGGGAGGUCCCAUUCCGUUAACGAUAUUAAAAUAAAUGGCAAUCAAUUGAAACUCGCGCCGAUGCCCGUUGACGACAUAAACAUUGGCGUCAAGGACAUGAAGGCAGGAUCAAGGGCGCCGAUCGCUCUUUCCGAAGAACUUUAGUCCCGUUUUGAGACGGCUCAGGAUCAAGAAGGAAAGGUUUUUGUUACAGGGCUCGAUCUGAUUUAUAUUAUUCGCGUAUUUCGUUUAUGGGUUCGGUUCUCCAGCUGAUGAUUUCUUUCGAGUCGUAUUAUUUAUUUUCAAUUUAACAUUUUUUUUUUUUUUUUAUCUAUCGCGUCUUUGUUUCUCCGUUUUGGAAAGAUCGUUCACUGCGGCAACUCGCAAUAGAUUUGACCAAAGAGACUGCACGGUGUAAAGUAAUUUUUCAUUUAUACCGUUUGCGAUAUUAUGAAGUGACCAUAUGUUUAGAUAGGUAUACUAGCGUGUAGGGAUGUUGUGUAUUUAUUAUAGCCAGCAAUAAGUCUCUCUCUCUCUCUCUCUCUCCCUUUCUAUCUCUCUCUGUCUCUGUCUCUCUUUCUCUUAACGUUAUACGCCGUGGCGUGAAUUAAAAUAAUAUCCGUAUGUAAGGGAAUCUGCUGGCGACGGGCGAAGACAAAUGAGAAGUUUACCACCGAAUGACGUACAGGUGAGUGUAUAAACAAUGGAAGUAGUUAUACACGAAGCAAUGGGUAUAUAAACGAUUAACUUAUAAGUUAUAUUACCAUAUGUAUACCUAUAUAGUAUAUAUACUUCGGUGUAAAUAUAAGUGUAUGAAAAGAUUUCUUUAAAAUAGAUUAUGGCAAUAUAUAUAUAUAUAUAUCGAUGGUCGACCGUUGAAUCGUCGGGCUUCCUCAGGUUGCGAAUAUAUUGCAUGUUUGGAGUAUUAUAAACGUCUUAUUGUCCUAGCGCGAAACUCGCGAUGACGAAACAAAAUUAAUAAAUAUAUUACAUUAUAUGUAAUUUCAGUGCGUGUGUGAUGUUAUUAUUAUAUAUACACGCGAAAAAAUAUCCGAAGACGCAGCUAUAACGAUAAUUAUACUGUACUAUGUACGUAUAGUUGAAUGUAGGGUACAAAUAUGCAAAGAAAACACCACGUAAGAAAACGAACUAUAUACCUAAUAAUAAUAAUAGUAAUUCUGACAAACGAAACAACGCACCUCGAUUAUACAUUCGUACAUAUAUUAUAUUAUACGUAUAAACCCACAUCCCGAUUUUACAGUGACAGAGUAAAUUAUGUAGAAUCAUACGAAUACACGUGUGCACAGAAAACGUAAUUACAUCGCAAUCGUAUAAAUUUAUUACCUGUAUGUAUAUACAUAUAUAUACAUACGUACACGCUCAAAUAUGUUAUGUAUGUGUAUAUGUACGGUAUACAAUUUGAAGUUGUAGCAGAGUUCGAUGUUAUUUUCCGCCACGGGGCCUAAAGGUAAGAAACAUUAUAUUGCCGAAGAAAAAUAGAAAAAAUAAACGACAAGUACCCGAAUAAUUCAAUAAAUAAAUAAGUAAACAUUUAUAGUGAUACUCGAGCCUAAUUACGACUUAAUUAUAAAGAAUCGGGCGCAGGUGAAUUAAAUUUUUUCGCAUCGCGUAUAUACGUGAAUUAUGAUACGUAUAACAAUUUAAAUUUAUAAGUAUUUGUAUUACUUAACGAACAAUUAAUUAAUUACAUUGACGAGUCUAGGAUACCAAAGAAAAUCGAUGCGACUAUGCGGCGCGUGAAGUCGGAUUAAUCUGUGCAACGACUGAAAAUGAAAAAAAUCAUUUUCAUUCAUUCGAAAGAAAAGAUAAUGAGAUGAAAGAGUGACAAGAAGAAAUGAAAUAAAGGAAAUAAAAGCUGACACGAGGGGUUAAAAAAUUAAUUGCCUGGGCUGCGAUAACUUUAUUAAAUGCGGGAUAAAGAUUGACCGAAGAAUAAAAGGAUGGAAAGAAAAAGAAUCAAUAAAACUGCCAAAUAAACUUCUACGUACUAUAUUUGUGGCAAUAUAUACGCACACACUUUGUAUUAUUAAAUUUACAAUGAAUAUACAUAGUAUAUAUGUGUAUGUAUCUCUACAAUAUUAUUUAACAACGUAUACUGUAAUAUUAUUGUACGUUAAAAGAUAUUAAUUAAAAUUAAAUAUUUGGAAAAAAACGUAAUCACGGUAAUCAAACGUAACAAAAUGUGACGUUGGUACGCGAGUGAAUUUAUUGUCGAAAAUACUUGCGCAUAACGUAUUAAUUAUCACAGCUUGCAGCUGUAGUUGCUGUCUUAUAAUAUACGGUAGAUUAUUAUAUUAUACGUAUCGCGUAGAGCAUGUUUUUUCUCUAUAAUAUUCUGGAUUUACAAUUACAUGUAAAAAAAGGGUAAGGAAAAAAAAGUAAAAGAAAAGAAAAAAAAAAGCACGAACCGAAACGAAUUCGAUGUAACUAUGAUACUUCCGCUUAUUUCCGUUGCUUACCCAUUAGUCUGAUGGUACAUAAAUGCCGAUCACGGUUGUUAUUAUAUUUACUAAUCACGGAACGGGAACGAUGUACAGCUAUCUCUAUAACAUAAAGUGAAAUUAGUAACGUUGGGAAUUACACAUGAUUAGGCGAACACACGUACAUGGAAAAUAAAUAAACAAAUAAAGACGAAAGAAAACUCCGUACCUACCCCUUUAAUUACGACGAUAAUAAUAAUAUUCCUUGCUUUUGAAGGUUAAAAAAAAAAAAAAAAAAAACAAAGUAAAAAAAAAUCAACCAAUCGAGUGAUAAAGACUUGUGUGUAUAUGAUAAUAAGGUAAUAUAUGUAUUAGUUGGCAAUAGACAUAUACCGUGUGACGAUAAUCACUGAGUUAGUCGGUUCUACGGGAAAAAGGAAAAUAAAUAGAAAAAAGAAACAGAACGGCCGCGUCGAAAUUACGCGCCUGCAUAAACCGGCCUUCCUUCUUAUCGUACUUUUUCUUUCUCUCACACUUUUCUUAUCUCCCCUUCGAAAUAACUGAUUCGCAAAGUUUCUUCCGUCUCUUGCACACGUGCAAUGCGGAACGACAAUUGCGUUUACCGCGCCAAGUCUGAAUAACUAGAAUCUUGAAAUUGAGGUUUGAAUCCAACGCUACUGUAAUAUAAAACAUCAUACCUGGAUCACGUAUGCAAGCAACAACCGUCUGUAAUAAUAACUUAUAGUACGUGAGACCUUUUUUUCAUUGCUUUAUCACGGAAACGAUUGAUCGGUUGAAUUUGAGAAGGUUUUUCGUCCGUUACCGCGAGACUUUAAUUACCCCAACGAUUAUAUGGAACAAAUUUUGAGUCACUUUUGAGAGAAACGUAUCCCUAGCUCUUAACGAAGAGGAAAACUAGCACUUUCCUUCAGUGAAUAAAAUAGUAACACUGCCGAUUAUACCUACGUGUAUGAUAUUAUAACUAUUAUAUACAAGAAUAUGAUGACUCGUUCGAUAGUGCGAGUAUAAUUUAUACAAACCCCAAAAAUAUUUUGUGAUUUCGAUAUUCUCAAAAACUUUCGUAAUUCCGAACAUGUGCGAGAUUAAUAAUCAAUCUCUCUCUCAUGUUAUUACAAUAAAAAUAAUAAUAAUAACACUGGUCAACAGUGGUUUCGUUGCCCUUGAUAUUUCAGUGAAUUUGGUAAGAUUUGAUGUCAAUGACCCUAGGAGUAUACGUAGUUUUUCCAAAUUGGCUCUAAUUAUUGGUUUUAUCGACAUUUUCAUGUAUGACUUACGAAAGAAAAAGUUAGAUGAAAAAUUCGUUGUUUUUUUUUCUUCUAUCUAAAGUUUAUCAAAAAAAUACUGCACAGUUAAACAAGCACAAAAUUUCUUCUCGUUGCUCCGAUUCUUUCCGUGAAUUUUGGUAUUUUUGAGAACGUAGAAUCUAUGAAUAAAAUCGUAAUUAUAUUAGAACCCCUCCACCCUCAAUACUAUAAUAACAUAAAAACUAGCGCCAAUCUAAUGUAAUCAUGAUUUUAUUCGUAAAUACUACUUUCUCAGUUACGAAAAUCCACGGAAAAAACCAGGUCAACGAAAGAAAAUUCCUUUUGUUAAAUUCUUUUUUUGUUGAGCUGUGUAAUCAUAUUUAAUACGUAAGAAUCACAUGUAUGCGUGUAUGCGUACUGCACGCAACAUGCAUCAUGCACACUUUAUUCAACGCGUGAAAAUUUACACGUCAAAUCGCAUUCGCAUAAUCUACAAUACAUGAACAAUAUAUACGAUGGUCAUUCUUAUUCGCGGUGUAUGGCAGCUUAACGGGGUGUGGAUUCCGUGUUAUUGAUUUUAGGCUUUGGGGGUUGAAAGCGUGCAACAUCCCCUGGCCGUUGAAGAUGUAUAAAGAAAAGAAAGCCCAUUCUCCAUAUCGAGAAACGUCAACAUCUUCGUUUUACUGCAGUACGUAUUCUAUCAACCAUUGACGACUUGGUUUAUUUUCUUUCAUACCGGAUCGUCGAUCAAUCCAAUUAUCGUGUUGUUUAAAAAAAAAAAGCUUGAACUAGUUUCUCCGUGUUGUUUUAUUAUCAUGAAUAACGAUGAUGGUAUAACGGGGUUCGCACGUGAGACGGUUGUGUAUGUGAGAUAUAAAUGGCAUCGUAAUAUCCCGCGGAACAAGUCUGGUAUAAUUGUGGAUAAAACGAUCGAAAAAAUGUUCUGCAGAAAAUAGGUACAGAAAAAAAAUUGGAAAAAUUAAUGAAUCGGAUCAGGAAAAACUUACGGCCAAGAACGAAAUUUUACGAUAUAUACUCACGGGUCGCACAAAUAUUAUAUUAUAUACACGAUAAUAUUUCGUUUUCUUUCAUUCAUAUUUUACAUAUAUAUAGUUGUAUAUGUAUACUUAUGUAUUAUUCACUGUACCAAAUUUUUGAUGCCACUUUUUCUUAUACUCUAUAUUCUAUAAUAUCGAUUAUACCUACGAUACGUGCGUUUUAUAUGCAAGCUUACACGUGCGUAGUUUAAAAAUAUUAACUCUAACGUACGUCUUACGUAUAUAGAUAUAUAAUACGGCGAUUAAAGGAUAUUAAAAUGUAUAUAUAGUUAUAUAGAUUAGACGUAUAUUGACGAAAAGACAACUAUAGGUAAUGCAAAACGUGUAUUGUAUAAUAACGUGUAAGGAAUAUUACGCAACAUAAAAUUCUCUCUACUCAAUUUCGGUGUAAUCUGCACAAUCGCGUUAAUCGCGUGUAUAUUUCUUUAUUCAGAGCAAGGCACAACUAUACUCUGUGUCUAUUUAUGGUGUAUAAUUGAA